UCAAUAUCGAAAUUGAUAUUAUUAUUUUCCUUAAUAAGAAAGGAUUGCCCAAUAUUCUCUGGGCAAAACAUGACCACGCAAACACAGCUGGACCAUCUUUGUCGGCUGUGUUUGAAGAAAGCCGAUUCGUUAGAGGACAUUUUCGAAAACAAUGACAGCAGCUCCCUGGUUCUGCGGAUUAUGGCCUGCGUCUCGCUGGAGGUGCACAAAACUGAUAACUUGCCAAAGAGGAUAUGUUCACCGUGCCGCUAUCAGCUAGAGAAGACGUACAUUUUUCGCAGCAAAUGCCGGGAUAAUGACACCAAAUUGAGGCGCCAUGUAAAGCUGCUGGCAGCCGGUAAAGUUAGUAUGAUGCUGGAGGAGCUGGAUGAUGACGAUGAAGAUGAGUUUGAAUCGAGUUUACAGUUUAUAAAAGCCAUCGAUGAGAUGAAAGAAGGCGAAAGUUUGAAGGAAUUGGAAAGGAAAAUUUUAGCGCAUGAAACCAAGCUGCGUGCUGAUUGGGAGCUGGAAGAAUGGUCAAUCCGGGAGGAAGCUGAACGAGAAGCUCUGCGGCAACGACGCGACAAUAUGGUAGAUGUUGGUAUUGAAACUUGCCAUUUGAGUGAAAUCCAUCAGGAUGGAGAAUAUGAAGAGGAACCCUUGCAUACAGAGCCAGCAAUGCCGGAACAGGUAGCUAAACCAUGUGUUUCAUUUUCUAAAGAUCUAGAAAUCAGUUCUGUACACAGCAUGGACCAUAAAGUUGAGGAUACAGAAAUCGAAUAUGAGUCGAUUGAAGAAGAGCCUACGCAAGACGACGACAAUUUGUCUGAAAUUGCAAGUGUUGAUGUGAAGCGGCAGCUCCGAGCUAAGAUUCACGCCAGAUUUGCUAAAGAAGACGAGGAAAUGAUCAGUUACUUAGAGGAUAGUACACUGAUGGAGGUAGACGGUUUAGAGGACGGGGAGGAAAAUGCUAGUUCCAUUACUGUGCUCAACGAAGAGUUACAACCAAGUUGUUCUGAAAGCGACAGCAUGGCUAAUCAAGAAAACCACGAAGAUUCGGAACGUUUCGUUAUCACGGCGGUAUCAGAUUCGGAUACCUACAUUCUCGAAAAUGAACUAUCUCAGGAAGAGCACAAUCUGUACGACACGGGCGAUGAUUCGGAUGAAGACUUGGAAGCAGUUACAAAUGCAGUAAAAGCCGAGUUGGCAGAACAACCGGGGUUCAACAUAGGUGAAAAUUGCAUUAUGAAAGUGGAGAAGGAUCGUGAUUUGACGAAGGUUGAAGUGCGAGCAAAUGACGGAUCGAUCAUCUGUAUGGAGUUCAGUACGGAACCCAAGAAAAAAGUGUCGUCAUCAUUGAGAACUCUGCAAGCUAGAAUGAAGGGGGAAUUUAAAUGUCCUCACUGCUCCACGAAAUUUAAAUCCCCCAAAAUUCUGCAUGGACAUAUUAAAGCAUCUCAUCCGGAGAACUCAAAGGGGCAUGUUUGCGAUGUAUGUGCAAAGUGGUGUCCAACCAAAAGCUCCUUGGAGAGGCAUUACAGAACGCAUACGGGAGAGAGACCUUUCAUUUGCGGAGAAUGUGGAAGAAGUUUCAUUCAAAAGGAGAUCCUCAAGCGACACAUGCUGGUUCACACUGAUGAAAAACCUUAUUUUUGCGAAUCAUGUUCGAGGCGGUUCAACCAGAAGGAUCAACUGCGACACCACGUGAAUAUGGCCCACACGCCGAAUCCGAUCAUCACGAUUCACAAGUGCAACCUGUGCGACAAAGAGUUCAAGUACGCAUCCGGUCUGAGUCGGCAUCUGGCGUCGCACUACGGUCGGACGUUCCCGUGCGAAUGUGGCAAAGUGUUCAGCGAUAAAAGUGCACUGAAGCGACACGAGUGGGGAAUCCACGGGAAGGGCAAGAAACAGAAGGACCCGGCGGCGACGGCCGUGUAAGGUUUGUUCGAUACGGUGUCGAUUUUUAA